GGUGUUGCAACGCAUAUACUAUAACCGGCACUCCGUAUUUCCGCUUAACUUUUCAGCAUUUUAGUCCAGUUGCAUUUAGAUAAACAUGGGAAAAUUUACUUAUCCAAAUGCGAGACGUGACGAACUUGUUGAAGAUUAUCACGGCACCAAGGUGACAGAGUACUAUCGGUGGCUGGAGGAUCCUGACAGUGAGGAGACAAAGGCCUUUGUAGAAGCUCAGAAUGAACUGUCCAAGCCAUUCCUUGAUGCAUGUCCCAUCAGAGAGAAGCUGAGUUCAAGAAUCACUGAAGUCUGGGAUUACCCAAAGUACAGUUGUCCGGGUCGCCAUGGCGAAUAUUUCUACUACUACCAUAACACAGGUCUACAAAAUCAGAGUGUUCUGUACGCACAGAAGGGGCUUGGUGCGGACCCCUCCGUGUUCCUGGACCCCAAUUCCCUGUCUGAAGAUGGAACAGUGUCACUGCGGGGCACUGCUUUCUCCGAGAAUGACCAGUUCUUUGCCUAUGGCCUUAGCAAGAGUGGAUCUGAUUGGGUCACUAUCAAGUUUAAGAAAGCGCCAUCAGGUGAAGACCUCCCAGACACUUUAGAAAGAGUCAAGUUCUCCAGCAUGGCAUGGACCCAUGACCACAAAGGGCUCUUCUAUAACAGAUACUUGAAGCAACAAGGCAAGUCCGAUGGAACCGAGACCACGAUGAAUGUAGAUCAGAAGCUCUUCUAUCAUCGACUAGGAACGGACCAGUCAGAGGAUGUCCUUGUUGCCGAGUUUCCAGAACACCCUCGAUGGAUGAUUGGUGCAGAGGUCAGUGACUGUGGCAGGUACCUGGUGAUGACCAUCCAUGAAGGAUGCGACCCGGUCAACAGGCUCUACUACGUCGACCUCAAGUCAAUGCAAAAUGAAAUACGAGGUGUUUUAUCCUACGUCAAGAUUGUGGAUAACUUUGAUGCUGAAUAUGAGUAUAUCACAAAUGAUGGCAGCAAGUUCACCUUCAAGACCAACCUGGAUGCAUCAAGAUACAAACUCAUCAACAUCGACUUCGCUGAUCCUGAUCAGAGUAACUGGCAAACUCUAGUGGACGAGGAUGAGAAGUCAGUGCUUGAGUGGGCUGCCUGCGUCAACAAGGACAAGCUCAUCCUCUGCUACCUCAAAGACGUCAAGAACGAGCUGUAUGUGCAUGGCCUGAGUUCAGGGUCAAGGAUGUCGCAGCUGCCCCUGGAGGUCGGGUCAGUCGUGGGCUACUCAGGGAAGAAGAAGUAUGACGAGAUUUUCUACCAGUUCACAUCAUUUCUGACUCCUGGCAUCAUCUACAGGUGUGACAUGACAACAGACACGUACGCCCCCAAGACUUUCCGUGAAAUUAAAGUCAAGGAUUUUGACACCAGCCAGUUUGAGACAGAACAAGUUUUCUUUCCCAGUAAAGAUGGAACAAAGAUCCCAAUGUUCAUUGUUCACAGAAAGGGCUUGGUCCAUGACGGAAGCCACCCGGUGAUGUUGUAUGGCUAUGGAGGAUUCAACAUCUCCAUCAGUCCAUCCUUCUCUCCGUCCCGACUUGUCUUCUUGCAGCAUCUGGGUGGAGUCUACGCCAUCGCUAACAUCCGCGGCGGAGGUGAAUACGGAGAGUCUUGGCACAAGGCAGGCAACUGUGCCAACAAGCAGAAUGUGUUUGACGACUUCCAGUCCGCUGCCCAAUACCUCACAGAGAAUAAAUGGACGUCGGCUAAAAGGAUCACAAUCAACGGGGGUUCUAAUGGCGGCCUUCUGGUGGGUGCUUGUAUCAACCAGAGACCUGAUCUCUUCGGCUGUGCGGUGGCUCAAGUGGGAGUGCUAGACAUGCUGCGAUUCCACAAGUUCACAAUCGGCCAUGCAUGGACUACAGACUAUGGCUCGUCAGACAGCACCGACGACUUCAAGGUUCUAAUCAAGUACUCCCCGCUACACAACAUCAGGGAACAGAAGGAUCAGUACCCAGCUUUGCUGCUGCUGACUGGCGACCACGACGACAGAGUUGUCCCCCUUCACUCGCUCAAGUUCCUGGCACAAAUCCAAUACACAUUCAAGGACAGUGAUUCACAGGCCAACCCGCUGAUGGGCAGGAUUGACACCAAGUCAGGACACGGCUUUGGUAAACCAACAGCUAAAGUUAUUGAGGAGCUAACUGAUAUCUACAGCUUCAUGCACCAGACAGUUGGACUCAAGUGGUCAGACUGACUUCAGGCCAGACUCUGACCUGCACGGAUAUCAUGCGAGACGUCCCACCAUUUGUAAAUCAGUUUGUGGCCAGUUUGAUUAGGGGAUAAUUUUCAAAGGAAACACUCUCAUAAUGAUUCACUUGUUCUCAAGUCAAAAUAACCUAUUCCAAGACAGAUUAAUUCAUCCGUGAAGGGUUUGAUGCUUGUAUAUAUUGAUGAUUUAAGUGCUCUUUGUGAAAUCAAAAAUGGAUGGUAAAAAUGUUUUAGUUUGUGUUUUGGAUAUUAAUGUAUAUAAUUCAUGGCGUAGGAUAACAACAACAAUUAUGAUAUCUGUGAGUCCGUGGUUUACGAACCCAACAGAAAUGUGAAUGUUUUCAUGAUACUGUUGGCCUGAAGAGGAAUUGAACUAAAUGUUUCUUAUGGCGUGGUUUUAUCAGGCAUUUUUUUGUACUUACUGGCGUGGACAUUUUUCCAUAUCCUGACGUUGAAUUGUAUAAUAAUGAGAUAACUGAUGAGGUAGAUUAUGUCUAAAUCAGAAUUCAGUUGGGUUUUUCUCUACCACUUUUAGUAAAGUUCAAGCAAUAUCACAGCAGGAAGCACCGUAAAUAGGCGUCACACAUUGUAUCCACCUGGGAACUCGAAUCUUGGUCUUUGGCGUGACAAGCGAAUACUUGGACCACUAGGCUACUCCACUGCCCCCAUUUGCCGUGUGGUCGAGGGGCAGUGAUUGACAUUGCAGAGUUGCAUCCUUUAGGAUCUGCUGGUGUGGGCUCUUGUCCAACGUUCGCCCAUAUGUGCCUGUGCCUGUUACAGACAUUUCCGAAACUGCGCAGACACAACAUGAUAUAUUUGGAAUAAUGUUAAUACUGGCAUUGAACCUAACUCACUCGGUCAGUAAUUUGUUGAAGCAUCUGAUACAUGAAUUUUGGGCUCACUUGUGUUCAGUAAGGAAAGAUACAGUUUGAUAAGCACUUCAUGUUAUGCAGAAAUCAUCUAUUAUUGAAUGCUGAAAUUAUUUUCUGGAUGGAAGAACUGAUUAGAAAAAAGG